CAAAGUUGAGUUUUAUACCUACCAUAUCUACCUAUUUGUUGUUUUGUAAUGGUCAAGUGCACGAUUAAGUAAAAUGAAAAACAUGUGGGGGUUUUGGAAAAUUUGUAGACCAUUUACUAUAUGUUCCAGUUAUAGUUGUUAUAUUCCCAAACAACAAGUAAGGCAAAGUGCUUAUUCCGUACGUACAAAUAGGAAGUUACUUGUUCCUACUGGAAUACAUAUUCGUAACUUGGGGCUUGGUCCUACUUCUAAGGAUUUUGAAGAGCCUGCACAGCUGUCCGGGCCAUUGACAAAAGCCUACGCAAGAGAACUGGUAUUACAUUUGAUUGAUGAAGAAAGGAAGAUGUUGUUAAGUGCACUUCAAGAAUAUGAAUCAAACCGAGUCAAAGAAGAAUUCGAAGAAACACUAGCCGCCCAGAGAUGGAGGUCAAAACUAGGUCGACCAAGUAAAGUUCCCACACUAGGUGAUGUCGAUCCCACGGGUUCUUACUGCCCGGUACCUGAAGACUGGCUAAAGAAGAAAUAUGCUGCCACAGUACCAAAGCCGACGACCAAGGAACUGUUCCACUUGAGCUUAGCAAACUCUAUACCGUUCAUUGGGUUUGGUUUUUUGGACAACUUCAUCAUGAUAAUUGCUGGAGACAGCAUCGAGAGCAGCAUGAGCGCGUACAUAACGCUUUCGACGAUGGCGGCGGCGGCGCUGGGCAACACGUUCAGCGACGUCAUCGGCAUCGGCUCGUCCUACUACGUGGAGCGCGGCGCCGCCAUGAUCGGGCUGGGCGCGCCCGCGCUGUCGCCCGUCCAGCUCGACAUGCCCAUCAGCAGGCGCUUCGCCAACGUGGGCAGAGUUCUCGGCAUAACUCUCGGCUGUUUCCUCGGCAUGACGCCGCUGCUCUUCAAGGACGACGAGAAGAAGCCAGAGGCCAAGGCGACCUCGACCGAACCUAAAACUUAGGCGAAGCAAGAAAACAAUAGACCAAUUGUAACUUCGACAAACUCCUAGCUGGCUCCUCUUCAGUUAACCAGUACGGGUCGCGUGCGAGACCCCUCGGUGACGACGCCACAGUGCAGCCCACACACCGCACCCUUGUUGUUACUAACAAUUUAGUUCUACAAGAUGACGAUCGAAAUGAAAAAUUAAUUUUCACUGCAUUGAGUAGUAUCUUUACUUAUAUUUGAUUUCAGAUUAUCAAAUAAUAAUUAAAAUAGUAAUAAUAUUAAUAAAACGUUUUGUAAAUAAAAAUCUCAGGCAGACUGUAAGGACUCCUUUCGGGUAAUGUCUCCCUCCUCCAGGAAAACCACUUCCUCUGGCUGCAGCCGUCACUAACUCCGCCCGCCGCAACUAUAUCGCCGCGGUCCGCGUGUGGUCAGUGGGCCGCGCCGCGUGACUUGUCCGUUUUCUUCGUAGCGAGAUAGUUAGGCGUCGCUUAUACUUGAUUUCAAAAGUCCACGGUCCUGGCCAUCCUUCUCUGAGUAGUGUGUAAUUUCUUGUCACUUGUAUAACCGAACUGCCAAGUCUGGUAAUGAGACGCUAGUUUCUGAAUCCAUAACAAUGUGUUUGUCUCUAGUGGAAGUUGUGAUUUGAGCCCAUUAUUUCUUCUACAUGAGCGCUACUCUUCUGUCUCGUUCUAAUUCUUCUUUUUUUCUAAGAGUUGUGUUUGCCUAGAGUGACGUAUCCUUUGACGAACUCGAGGGCAGGUCUCGUUAUUUGUAAAAAUGGGCGGCGUGACUGACGUGUUCCCGAGGUCCAUGUGACAUGCCUUGAGACAUUCAUCUCCCUGAUUGUUUCACGAGGUCUGCGCUAAAGGGAGCGGUGCAGCGACGCAGGUGUUCACAACGGUCGCGCGACAGAGACAACGCUAGUCAAUUAUGGCCAUCACUUUCUACAACAUAUGUACAGUCAAACCUGGGUAAGUGAGAACUGGAUAAGUGAGAAAACUCUAUAAGUGAGAGUAAUAG